AUGAAUUCAUUAUCAACACUUGAUCCUCUACAUAUUGAUAAAUCAUUAAAAUCAUCAUUUUCAACAGUUUUUCCUAAUUUACCUGAUAUAUUAUCAACAACAGUAUCACAUAAACGUCAACCACAAAAACAUGUUCGAUUUGCAUUAAAAUCAGAUUCUGUCGAAGAAGAAUCAUUACCACCAAGUCGAGAAAUUUCAUCUGCAGCAACAUCACAUUUAAAUAAGAGAGUUAUUGAUCCUUGGCGACAACAUAGACCACUUUAUGGAGCUUAUUUUGAACAUUUAGAAAAGCAAGAUAAAUUACCAAAUAAUGAAACUGAAAUUCGUCGUGUACCACCACCCAUACCACCACCACCACCACCUGAACCUGGUGCUGAACCACCAACAUAUACACAUACAUUUAUUAUACAAAGUAAAUCACCAGAUAUUAUUAUUGAUUCAAUUACAAUAUCGACACCACCAAUUAAUUUACCUCGUAUUAUUCAUCGAACUAAAAAACCUAUAGAACAACAAUUACCAACAACCGAUUCUUAUCUUAAAACACAACUAAAAAUAUCAACUCCACCACGUAUAGUACAAAGAAAAAAAACAACAAAUUUAUCUUAUCAAAAAAAUCCUGAUGCAUCUGUAUAUACAGGUUUAAAACGAGCUGAAGUAAAUCUACCAUCAACAAAUGGAUUACAAUCAAAUAAUAAAAUUAUUCGAUCAAAUAAUUCACUUGGAUCGAAAUAUGUUAAUGAUCAUGUUCAAACGAAAAAAAUUAUUGAAACUUUUACCAAACCAUUAUCAGGUGCAAAUAAUCAAAAAUCUCAUUCUUCUGAACGUCAUAUUUCACCAAAUUAUUCGAAAAAACCAGACACACCAAAUUAUACUCUUCGUACAUAUAAUACACCAAAGAUGAAAACAACUCAUUCUUUUGAAAAUCGUGAUAAUAAUUAUCUUUUUCAACCAAUUAUUCAUUCAACUCAUUGA